AUUCGUUAAUAUGCUUAAAACCGUUUUCCGCUGUCGUACUCAUUUCAAUGAUUCAAUCUGUGAUUGCAAAGAAGGGUGAAUUCGGGUUUUUUCAAUUUUCAUUAUUUCUGUUACAACAAGAAGAUUAAAAGAGGUCUGUGUUUUGCGAGCAACUUCAAACACGAAUAAUCCAUAAAUACAAAGACAAAAAGAUAUUUGAGGAAGGUGAAUGAAAUAGUUUCUUAUGACUUAAUUCUUAUGUCGUCAUAUAAAUUUUCAAUCAAUAAUAUAGAUUUGCUAUUUUUCCUUAUUGUGAAAAACCAACAUUAUAAAGACCAAACGCAAUGUAACAAGUAUAUACUAAAGCAAAUUUGUGACACGAAAUUGUCUUUAAUUGAAUAAUUUUUAAUUAUUUAACGCAUUUAGUCAGAGCAAAUUGUUGUUUCUCUUCCUUAUUUGUUCAUUAUGACUUUAUUUUAUCAACAUUAUUAGUUUAAAAUGAAUGGUCAUAUUAAUUUGAAUGGUUUAAACCAAAACAAGAAAAGAAAGAGUGAAUACAUGUGUCUUCAUUUUCGAUCAUUUUGCUGAAAAAGAGAACAUUAUAAGAAGCCUACAUUUGGGGAACGACACAAGGCGCAAGCAAUUUAUAUAAAUACAAAAAAAAUAAGAUUUAAACAAAGAGACGCAAUAGAUUUAUACUUAAGCUCUACGAGUACAAAUCAUCAAAACGCCAUGUCUCUAGAUAGCUUACUGCUCUCCAUGUUUCAAUUUUUUACGAACAAAGCCCGAGAUGCUGCAGCAGAGAGGCUAGAAAACGGUGACGUUGUUAAUGAAAGAUUUCGGGAAUUUAUCAAGCGAGAUUUACACGAAAUCCAAACAAAGCUAGAUAAUCUUUCGAAAAUAGACCUUUGCUCCAGUUUAAACUACUUGGAGGAAGGAUUUCUUCUACUUUUUAAUUGCAUUGACGAAGUAGAAAGUGAUAGAGAAUGUGAAAAAGCAAGUAAUAAUCAUAAGUCUCAGGCAACUUGUACUGCCAUCACCACCAGGUAUGAUCUUUCCCGUGCAAUACAACAUUCAAAGGAUUUUAAAAUGGCAAAAAAACGAUUUGAAGAUUCCCGUAAGAAAGCAACGGAUGUUUUCAACAACAAAAAUUUAAGCUUGGAGGACAGAAUAUAUGCCGUUUUUGUUAAGAUCAUGGCACAAAUUUUUGAAUGUCCGGAGAAUCGAAAGAAUCUCAUUGAUUUAUGUUUAUCUUAUAUAAAAAAGCUUCAUCAGUUGAAGGGUGUUCAAGAAAUGUUCUCUGUAUUUAUCGGUGGUGGCAUCAGAGCGAAGUUGAAAAAAUCCCAAAGAAUGGAAAAUAUGAAGUCUGUCAUUCUUCUCAACCAUCAUUUAUAUAAGUUUAUUGCAAGGAUCAACAAGAAUCAUGAUCAUUUAACAACUUGGCCAAGUAUUGACCUUGGAGACGGAAAAAAUUUUAAUCCAAUACAGGACUGGCGCAAGGAGUUCGCUGUCGAGUCUUGGUAUAAAAAUUUGAUUGAAUCUUCCCAAGAAAUGGAAAAAAUGAAAACCAUGAUGUUUGAACUUUUGGACAAGAUGACUAUAAAUGAACAUUCUGCUCCAACAUUGACAUCACCAGUUAAAUUAGUUAUGGAUUUAUUAAGAAGUGAUAUUUUGGUUACUGGAGGCGAAACAAAGAGUGUUGAAAUUUUUUCAUGGAAGGAGAAGAAAUGGUUUGAGACUGUAUCAAUGGAGAAUAUACACAGCUUUGCUUCAUCAUUUAUUUAUAAUGUUAACUUAUUUGUUGUCGGAGGUGACAUCGGCAAGUCAAUAGAGACAUUGAAUAUAAAACAGUUACCUUUGACAUGGAAGACAUUUCCUGCAGAGUUUCCUUAUAAAUGUAAGGGUCAUCAAACUAUUGUUUAUAAAAAACAAAUCUUUCUCAUUGGAGGACUCAUUGUUGGCAAAAGAAAAUCGGAUCUGAUCAGUGAAAUACAGAUUACUGAUACAACAUCUCAUGUUUUAAAAGAGUUGUGUCACAUGCCUGAACCACGUUCGCGCCAUGGAGCUGUUGUUGUUGAUGAUAAAGUUCUUAUUUUUGGAGGAUGGGGAAAAUAUAGCGAAGUUUUAUCCAGUGUUUUGGAAUUUGAUCCAAGGACUCUUACAUUUAAGAAAAUGCAUCCAUUACCUCAUCCAUUGACUGAAAUGGCAACAGUUCAAUGGAGAGAUCAAGUUGUUCUUCUUGGAGGUUAUGAUGGAAGAGAAAAUUUGAACAGUGUUAUCAUGUAUGACAGCAAAACAGGUGAGAUUACAGUCUUACCAUCCAUGUUGCAAAGGAGACGUUGGUGUUGUGCAGUUAUAACUGGUGAUACAAUUGUUGUCAUGGGAGGUAUGAAUUAUAAAGGUAGACAUCUUAAAUCAGUGGAGUGUUUCGAAAUGGGAAGUAGUUCUUCAUGGACAUAUCUUCCUUCAAUGAAUGAAUCACGAAGUAGAGCUAUUGCUGAAGUUUUACCUUUUGGACAAAAGUAUGUCUAAGACACAAAAUUUCAUUAAGUUAUGGAACGUUAUAACUCAUCAAUGUUUGUUUGGCUACAUUGGAUGAUAAAUUUGUAAAAUUCAAAAUGUAUAGUUCAAAAUUUUAUGUAAUCAUUAACUACUUUGAUAAGUUUCUGAAAUAGGUGAAUGUCUUUUGUAUCUAAAUAAGUUUGAGUUUUUAGAGGAUAGUUUAUACCUUUUUUCUUGUCCUUGUUUCAUUGCAGUUUAUUGAACAAUAAAAUACAAGUUUUCC